GGCUGAAUUCAGGCCGCUCUCCGUUGACCGUCGACCAGUGUUUAAUUGUUUAAUUGAAAGCUAAUUUUCUGCAUUCUACAUCACACUCUUCUUCUCAACAACAUCGUAGGAAAUAUCCUACUUUUAAUGAGUGCGCUGAGAGCGCGCGUUCUCCGAGACCAAGGAAAUAGUUCUGUGUUACUGGAUAUGUUUCCCACAUUUACCUACUAAUACACACCUCUCACCUCGGUGUCCUCGCUUUCGUAUCUUUGUUUACAACUUACAACUUACAACUCACUUUGGAAUUCAAAUAAGGCAGAAAAGACUGGCUGCCGGUAACUCCAGAUUACAACCUGGUAUCGCAUACGAUAAUCAUCAUUCGACUACGCCCUAACAUACUUCAGCUCCGACAGCUGUGAUGCGGACUCCAAUAUCGGACAGUAGUAUAAUUCAACUUGACGUAGAGCAACAUCAUCGCAUACAGGUUUAGUAGUCGAUAUGUCGAACAGGCCUCAUCCUCUUCGUCAAUCAUAUACUGUUGACUACACAACGGCCAAUUCUAUCAAUCGCCAACUGUCGGCCGCUUCAUCGUCUGCGUCGUCUGGUUACUCCGCCAACUCUAAUAAUACUGAUCCUUCUGACUUUGGACCACCUAGCGCAGCAUCAUCGAUAACUUCGAACGGCUAUGGCAGACCUAUCGCUACACACAAACGUGGUAUGAGCGAAACUGCACUUCGGCAUUCCAAACCGCGAUCAAGUAUAUACGACGAACCUAAGGCGAACCCGGAAAUCAUGUAUAACCUGGCCAGACAGUCUUUACGCCCGCUCCCGCAGCCACCUGCUUCAGGACAGCAACUCGAAAAACCCAAGACGCCCCCACGUCGCGACCGCCAAGAACGCGGGCAGAGUAUUGACAUCGGCAAGCUUUCUCUACGCGAGGAGAAAACUUCCCCUACUCCCCAAAGCAAGUCGCCAAACGCCCGGCCCACCUCCAUGGUGCUCACACGAUCCGAUGUUAGACGCCCAAGUUUCUCCGGGAGCCCGACGCACUCCUCUCAUCUCGUAGUCCAUCCUACUACUCUUGCUGCUCCAGACUUACAACAGAUGGGUCGUUCCUCCACAAACCAACUGCGUACCUUAUCCAAGUUAGCCCAGGAUAGUUCUGCCGAUGAAUUCGCCCUUACUUCCCAGGCCCAGGAGGUAGUCGGCCUGCGUGGACGACGAAGACUGCAGCGAGCAGGUAAUGCGAAUGGCUCUAGGAGUGGACAACGCAGUGAUCGCUAUGGAUUCGAAGGUCGCAACUGGAUGGAUAAGCAGAGACAAUUUCUCCAAGCAUACGAAUAUCUCUGCCAUAUUGGCGAGGCAAAAGAGUGGAUUGAGGAUGUCAUUCAACGUAACAUUCCACCUAUUGUUGAGUUAGAAGAAGCUCUAAGAGAUGGUGUCACUUUGGCUGAGGUAGUAGAGGCUCUGAACCCUACUCGAAAAUUUCGCAUAUUCCGAAACCCGCGACUUCAGGCAAGACAUUGGGAUAAUGUUGCUGCUUUUUUCCGGUACCUGGAUGAGGUUGAGCUGCCUGAUUUAUUUCGAUUCGAACUGAUUGACCUUUACGAAAAGAAGAACAUUCCCAAGGUCAUAUACUGCAUACACGCCCUAAGUUGGCUUUUAUUCCGGAAGGGUAUUGUGGAUUUCAGGAUAGGCAAUCUGGUUGGCCAACUGGAGUUUGAACAUCAUGAGCUGGAGGCUAUGCAAAAGGGUCUUGACAAGCUCGGCGUUAGUAUGCCUAGCUUCGGGAACAUGGGCGCGGACUUCGGCGUGGAGCCAGCGCCUGAACCUGAGCCUGAAGAGACUGAAGAGGAACGAAUCGACCGCGAACUAUCCGAAAACGAGGCCGCCAUCCUUGACCUCCAGGCGCAGAUGCGAGGUGCGAUGCUUCGACUGCGGCUUGGCCAUAUGAUGCAGGGACUUUGGGACUCGGAAGACUGGCUCAUUGACCUCCAAGCGCGCAUUCGCGGUGACUGGACACGCCAGGUUAUAGGGUACAGAUUGGAGAUGCGCAAGUUUGCUAUCAAUCUUCAGAGUGCUGCUCGUGGAUUCCUGGCCCGGAAUAGAAUGGCACGUAGAGAACACUAUUGGAAGAGCAAGGAGAAAGAUAUUACGAUGCUACAGAGCUUAAUACGGGCCGCAAGAGUCCGUGACGAAGUACAAGAAACUCGAUCCCAAUUAUCACGGGCGGAUGGUCCUAUACGAAGCAUCCAAGCCGUGUUCCGAGGCCAAUUGGCACGCAAAAAGUUCCUUUCUCAGCAGCAGGAGACGAAUCGUAUGUCCGGUCCGGUAUUGCAGCUUCAGUCUGCAAUACGGGGGAUGAUGGCGCGGGAAAAGGUCAGCCAAGAUCUUUACUCCCUUGGUGAAGAAACCCAAGCCGUCACUAGUCUUCAGUCCGCGAUACGAGGAAUGUUAGCGCGGGAAAAGGUUAGCCAAGAACUUUAUUCCCUUGGAGAAGAAACCCAGGCCGUUACUGGUCUUCAGUCCGCGAUACGGGGAAUGUUAGCGCGGGAGAAAGUUAGCCGAGAUCUCUACUCCCUUGGAGAGGAGACUGAAACCGUUACUAGUUUGCAGGCUGCUGUCAGGGCGAUGCUGACGCGAAGUCAUAUCCACGAACAACGCGAAGCGCUGGCUAGCUUUGGUCCAAAAUGGGAGUCGCUCCAGUCAAUAUGUCGCGGUAACCUACUUCGACAAGAUAUCCAGGCAACAAAAGCUGACCUAGCACAACAUACCCCGGAGAUUGGAGCUCUGCAAGCUCAUAUUCGCGCAGCGGCAGUACGCCGGGAUAUUACCGAAACGCUGGAUGCUUUGAGCGACAAUGAACCAUCCAUACUUGAGCUUCAGUCACUAGCUCGAGGCAUGCUCGAACGACAGCGGAUCACUGCCGAUCUCGACUCUCUUGAAAGCCACGCUAUGAGUAUCAUAGAUCUUCAGGCUCGGAUCCGCGGGUCCCUAUUUAGAGAGCAGCACUCUUUACUUCUCGACGAACUACAAACGCAUGAAGACGAAAUCGUCUCGUUGCAAUCCCUUAUCCGAGCCAUGCUCCUGCGUAGCGAUGUCGGUCAAUUGUUAGCCGAACUUGACGAACAUGAAGAGUCUAUAGCUGAGUUGCAAUCCUUAGCCAAGGGCUUUAUUGUUCGACAGCAGUUUGCCGCCAAGAAGAAACACUUCGAAGAAAACAUGCAGAAGGUGGUCAAGAUUCAAAGUUUCGUUCGCGCUAAACUCCAGGGAGAGGCAUACCGAAGCCUCACGACCGGAAAGAACCCUCCAGUUGGUGCGGUGAAGAAUUUUGUACAUCUUCUUAAUGACAGCGACUUCGAUUUCAACGAAGAGAUAGAAUUUGAGAGACUACGAAAAACAGUGGUUCAACAAGUUCGACAGAACGAGAUGCUUGAGCAGUAUAUCGAUCAGUUGGAUAUCAAAAUCGCUCUGUUGGUGAAGAACAAGAUCACUCUUGACGAAGUCGUCCGACAUCAGAAUACCUUCGGUGGACACACUAGCAGUCUCUUAGCCAACGCCUCUAUUGCUUCGGCCAAUCAGUUCGACCUAAAAGCUCUCAACAAGAGCUCGAGAAAGAAGCUAGAGUCCUAUCAGCAAUUAUUUUUCAACCUUCAAACUCAGCCACAGUACCUAGCGCGGCUUUUCAGACGGCUGAGGGAAUUAGGUACAGCUGAGAAGGAGUGUAAGCGCAUCGAACUUCUCAUGAUGGGGCUUUUCGGCUAUGCACAAAAGAGGCGAGAAGAAUACUACCUGCUCAAGCUUAUCGCAAGAUCGAUACGGGAAGAGGUGGACGCAUGUAACUCCAUCCAAGAGUAUCUUCGCGGAAACUUCUUCUGGUCGAAGCUAAUGGGGAAUUAUUCUCGGUCGCCACGAGACAGGAAAUACCUCAGGGACCUACUCGGCCCAUUAAUACGAGACAAUAUCGUCGAGGACCCCGCUUUAGAUCUAGAGAGCGACCCGAUGCAGAUAUACAGAUCUGCCAUCAAUAACGAAGAGCUACGUACCGGUCGCCCCAGCCGAAGACCACUCGACAUAACCCGAGAUCUGGCAAUCAAGGACCCGGAAACGCGCGAGUUAUUUAUUGACCACCUUCGAGAUCUCAGAGAAAUCUCGGACCAGUACUUCCUCGCCCUAGAGGAUUUUCUUGCCCGAAUGCCUUACGGCCUACGGUUUAUCUGCCGGCAGAUGUUCGAAGCAUUAUGCCAACGCUUUCAGCGCGAGCCUCAACACCAUGUGCUCCAAAUUGUUGGCAAUUGGAUUUGGCGGUUUUACCUACAGCCUGCGUUGGUUAACCCCGAGCAGGUGGGUGUAAUCGAGAAGACUCUGAGCCCUCUUCAAAAGCGCAAUCUAGGCGAGGUUGCUAAAGUCCUUGGCCAAAUAUACUCGGGCCGUCCGUUCGGCGGUGAGAAUAUCUACCUACAACCGCUUAAUGCCUUUGUAGGGGAGUCGAUCGAACGACUUGCUCAUAUCACGAAUAACUUGAUCUCCGUUGCGGAUGCUGAAAAUAAAUUUGAUAUCGACGAGUUCAAUGAUCUCUAUGCCAAGAACCGACCCACGCUAUAUAUCAAAAUGACGGAUAUCUUUGCAAUCCAUUCUCUCGUAGCACAUGAGAUACCGACUCUCUGCCCCAACCGCGACGAUGUCCUUCGUGAGAUCUUGCAAGACCUCGGAAGCGCGAAGAACAAUGAGAGCGAAAUGAAUGCGUCUGGAUCUUCCGACAUCCAGAUGUUCUUGACACCUAAGCUCCAUGAUGUUGAAGAUCCAGAGGCGGAUAUCAAGGCUCUUUUUAUGGAGACUAAACGCUGCAUCUUGUACAUUAUUCGUGUACAGACGGGCGCUAAUCUUCUCGAAAUCCUUGUCCGCCCACCCACUCAAGAAGACGAACAUAAAUGGCAAUCAAUCCUAAGGGAAGAUUUCGCGUCUGGUAGUAAUACCAAGGGAGCGUACUCGGACGUCAACAUGGUGGACGUAACGCGAAUGUCAUACUACGACAUGAAACGCAAUGCUCUAGAGAACAUCAUGCACCUAGAACAGAUGGGGCGGAUUACAAAACAUAAUUACUAUCAAGAUAUUUUGAAUGCUAUCGCGCUGGAUAUUCGUACGAAGAGUCGUCGUAGAGUACAACGUCAACGAGAGUUAGAAGGAGUACGGCUCACUCUCGGGAAUCUACACGAGAAGGCUGAGUACCUAGAACAGCAGCGCAAAAGUUACGAUGACUAUAUCGAGCAGGCCAUGGCUACGCUGCAGAAGAACAAAGGGAAAAAGCGAUUCCUCCUUCCGUUCACGAAGCAGUACAAUCACCAACGAGAGCUUGAGCGUUCAGGCCGUGUCCCCAAAUUUGGCUCUUAUAAGUAUAGCGUACGUGCUCUUGCUGAGAAGGGUGUUGUCGUGUCUUGGCAAGGCGUAUCGGAACGCGAUUGGAGUAAUAUCAACCUCACCAUCUCAUGCGACGAGGUAGGCGUGUUUAAUCUCGAGGGUAGCCGGGGCCACAUCCAGAUUCCAGGAGCGAGCGCCCUCAUCCCGAUCGAGGAUCUCCUACAGGCGCAGUUCGAAUCUCACCAGUUUAUGAAUGUGUUCGAGGGCAACUUGAGACUCAAUGUCAAUAUCCUCCUGCAUUUGUUGUACAAGAAGUUCUAUCGGACGCAAUAAGUCGUAGAGCUGGCGCUCUAUGGAAGAAUUGUGUGGAAACGUCUGGUGGUUAAAAGGUAGUCGUCUGCGACGAAGGAUAUGACGGAGCAAAGGGGAUGGGAUGCAUGGUACUCGGUCAAAGGGGGACACUGGUGUUUUGCAAGAUGACGUGUUGCUCCUACGGGUUCGGAUUAAGAAUUACGAGAGAUUUAUGCUGAUGGGAUUGGCUGGGGAUAGGUAUUGGAACCCGACUUUGUUCUUCGCAACUCUUGGUACCACACGUUAAUACCAGCGGCGGCGUAUCAGAUAGCAUGUUUAUGUUUAUGUACUUAGGGCUAGACUCACGAUGUUAUGUCAAUGAGACCGUAUUUGUAACUGACUUGAUUCCUCUCAACCCUAAUAUGUUGAUAGGCCCUAGCUGCCCACCGAUGAUAGUUCCAAGUUGGAUGAUUUGAUUUUGUAGAUACGCCCAGCCAAGAUCAGCUCAGCUGUAAAAUAGAAAUUGUCUAGUAGUUAUAGUUACUGAUAGUGACAGUUACGGCUAAACUAACUCUUGGACGGAGUCGCUAUCGCUUUUGAUAUUAAUGGCAU